AUGGACAGGGAGGCCUUGCAGCAUAGAGUGCUGAUCACAGUUAGCAGAUCGUCGCUGUUCAGGGUUGUUGAGGGCAUUCUGGAGGAAGGAAAAGUAUCUUCUAUGGCAAGCAGCAUCACAGAAUAUUUAUUGAACAAUAGGUACAGCAGGGAAAGGGCUCUUGAGCACAUAUCGGUCUAUCUUGAAAGCGAGCUUGAGAAGUCUGGAAUAGAUCUAGAUGAUGGUGUGGAUGGUAUCUCGUUAGCCAUUCUGUUCGUGUAUGAAGAACUCCUCGAAAACAAAUCGGAGUUCUUCUCAAAGAUCCAGGAGAAGUCCGGACACGCGCUUCAUCCUCCAAGCUCUGACUCAGAAGAGUAG